AUGGCAGAUCCAUUGAUGCUCGCAACAUUGAUCGAACUAGGCUUCGAUCGUUCUAAAUCUGAAAAAGCUCUAAUAAAUGUAAAUAAUCGCGGAAUUGAAGGAGCGAUCGAUUGGAUAAUGGCUCAUACAGACUCUAAUGAUCAAUCUACAGAUCCAACCGCAAGCGCGAAUAUGCAAAGCCAGGAAGGUCAACCUAGCAGCGAAACGACUGCAGAAACCAAUCGUCCGCUAACGGAAGAAGAAAAGAAAGAAAAGCUAGAGAAACUGGAAUCUAAAAUUAAGGAAAGACGUAGACUGCGAGAAGCUGAAGAACGUAAGCUUGAGAAAGAUCAAGAAAUAAGUCGUCGGGAAUCUGGCAAAAUGAUUACAGAUGUUAAAAGAAAAGUUGAAAUCAAAGAAAUGCAAAAAUUAGCAGAGCAAAGAAAGAGAGAAAAGAUGGAAGAUAGAUUAGCAAGGGAAAAAGUGAAGGCUAUGAUCGCUGAAGAUAGAGCAAGAGCAAAAGGCAAGCCUGACACAACUAACAGUGUUACUAGUCAGCAAACAUCUACCAAAGUCGAAUCUUCCACUGAAUCAACUGUCAAAAAGGAAUAUACAAAUUGUCGUAUACAGGUUCGCCUGUCCAAUGGAUCAAAUAUUUCUGCAACCUUUGACGUAAAUGAUACGAUUGCCACAGUUAUGGAUUUUGUGAGAAAAAACAGAACUGAUGGUGACUGUCCGUUUAACCUAAUGACAACAUUUCCGCGUAAAGUUUACUCAGAAAACGACAUGGACAUGACAGUCAAAGAUGCAGGAUUUGUUCCAUCGAUAUCCUUGGUGUUAAGGAAUAUGUAA